AUGGUUAUACCAUCCCAGUCGAGACCAUUAUAUCAGUACAGUUUAGAUCGCAAACGUCCGCUCCACACAUACACCUGCGAGCAAAACGCACAAAUUUUAUUGAGGUUGGAAAGGGAAAGACAGAGAAAAUAUGGUUCAUCUGGACGUCUGACGCAACAUUUUACUGGCGUGCCGAAUGCUGACUACAAUCUAAAACCGCAGGCUAACAAUGUAAAUCGUAAUGAUACUGGGAGUUUAAACAUCGACUUUAAUGCCAAUAAUCGGAUGUCGGGAUGUCCUGAAACAAAUCACAUUGAGAACGAGGUGUUUAUUGGUGAUGUUAAUCGUGUUAAUGGCAUCAGCAUUAAGACCGAAGACAAUACAAUUCCACCGAAUUUUCCACCACCACCUAUCAAGUCAAUGUUGAGACGAAAUUCUUCAAUCACUAAACAUCAACCAAUGAAUGUUUCUGCCAAUCCAGUGAUCAAUCAAAAUCCAUCAAUCGAAUUUACGAGACCAAAUUCGUCAACAUUGCCAUUGAACAAACCUGACCUUUUCAAUUUUGCAAACGCCCCAACUCCAAUGUUGAUUGAAGGAAUGAAAGGCUGUCCGCCGUUGAUCGAUGACAAUGUUAAGCAGUCAAAAGCGCCUCCGCAUAGCGAUGCAAAUAUUUCACAUACAAAUACAAAUAACUGUCAAUCAAAACUCGCAUAUCCACUCAUAUUUUGUGACGAUCAUCAAAUGUACGACAAAGAGAAUUCCUUUUACCUUUACCAUCAUGAACCUGCAUCAUAUUUGCCAAAUUAUGACAAUAUAUCUUCGAAAUAUCCAGAGAAAUACAAUACGAUGGAAUGUUCGGGGCCGAUGUUCCCCUUGCAGCACUUUAACAUUCCAAUUAGUAAACUUCAUGCCAGUACUUGUAACCUGAACAAUCAAUUCAACUCAUCAAACUUAAUUAAUGACCAUCAUUUCUCAAAUUCGUUGAGUAAUUUCAAUAUGAUGGAUCCCCAUCAGCAAAUACAAAACUACUAUAACUUCAAUCCAUCAUUCACACAACUGCCCGACACGAUGAGAAGAGGUGGAGGCGUGGGAGGUAUGCCUACUGGCUUUGGAAGUUCGUCAAUAAUUGGAAGCUCUUUUGCUUCUAACAUCAGUCUUAAUGGUACACCGAAACAGCAAGCAAAUAUGCCAUGGAAACAUCGACAAUGUUCAAGUCGAAGUAGCAGUUCAGGAACGAAUUCUUCAAAAUGGGAUCUUCCAUCUCGGCAAUGGUUAGCUUUGACCUCAAUUCUAUUGAUCGCUGGUGCUGCAAGUGUGGCUGUUCCAUUAGCUCUUAGUGUAACGGCAGGUUCACCAUUUGAGGAGCGAUUUCAAGCCGCUUUACGUUUCCUCGAGCAAGUGCCUUUAAUCGAUGGUCACAAUGAUCUUCCCUGGAACAUUAGGAAAUUCAUGCACAAUCAAAUAAAUGAUUUUAGAUUUGAUGAUGAUUUGAAAACCAUUUCACCAUGGGCGAACUCAUCAUGGAGUCAUACCGAUUUACAAAGACUGAAACGUGGGCGAAUAACAGCUCAGUUCUGGGCUGCUUAUGUGCCAUGUGAAGCUCAAUACAAAGACGCUGUGCAGAUAACGCUCGAGCAAAUUGACAUAAUUGAGCGACUUACCGACCGAUACUCGCCUCAGAUGACAAAAUGCUCUUCAGUUUAUGAUAUCAAUCAAGCUCAUAAAAAUCGACAAAUUUGUUCCCUGAUUGGUGUUGAGGGCGGACACUCUUUGGGUGGUUCUUUGGGAGUAUUGCGGACAUUUUAUUCGCUUGGCGUUCGUUAUAUGACGCUCACAUCAACAUGUCACACUCCUUGGGCUGACUCAAGCAACGCUGAUGCACCGAAGUACGAUGUAAAACAUGGAGGAUUAACAGCUUAUGGAAAGAUUAUCGUACGUGAAAUGAAUCGUUUGGGUAUGGCAGUGGAUUUAUCAAAAGCAUCUGUAAAGACAAUGCGAGACGUGUUGGCAAUUACUGAAGCCCCGAUAAUAUUCUCGCAUUCUUCCGCAUUCGGAUUGUGCAAUUCAAGUCGGAAUGUUCACGAUGAGAUAUUGAAACUCGUUACCAAAAAUGGCGGUCUAGUGAUGGUGAACUUUUACAAUAAAUUUCUUAGUUGCAACGAGAAUGCAACCGUUCAUGAUGCAGUUGCUCAUAUAAAUUAUAUCAAAAGCACGGCCGGCAUCGAUCAUGUUGGACUUGGAGCCGGCUUCGAUGGAAUCAAUUUCACACCGAAAGGUAUCGACGAUGUUAGUGCUUAUCCUUAUUUGUUUGCUGAACUGAUGGGACACGGUUGGACAGCCGAAGAACUAACAAAGCUAGCGGGUGGAAAUUUACUGCGUGUUCUUAGCGAGGUGAGAAUUAUCAUUAAACGUAAAAGCUCGAUGAUCGAACGUGUCCGAGAUAUGAAGCGGAUGAACAAUGAGAAGCCAUUUGAGGACAUUCCAAACUUUCGACUGCCACUUCAAACAUCGGACGAACAAUUGUAUAAUUGUAGCAAUACCGUGUAAAUGUGUAACGAUGUUGAAUCUGAUUUUAUUCUCACUUUUCAACCAACUCACCAUCGAGCUGUGCAUGAAACGAGAUUGUCCCAAACGAGACUAGC